UGCCACCGGAUCAAGACGUGGUGCGUGUCGUACUAUAUACCCUGGUGCGCGUACGUCCUCCACGAGAAAAAAAGCAUAUUUAAAAAAAAAGAAUAUCUGGUAACUAUCAUGAGAGAGAACGCGCAUUAUUUUUUGAGAAAGAAAAAAUUUAUUUUCGUCAAAAACAUUACCGCUUGCGUAUCCUUAAACACUAUGGGAUGGAUGUGCCAUAAUCCGAAAGAAUAACAAGUGAAUCGGAAGAAUCAAAGUUAUAUUUGAAAAGCGUACUUUUUGCUAUGAGAGUUGAAAAGAGGAAUACGAGUGAAUAUAAAAUUAAAUAAUUCAUAUGUAAAUGUGGUAAUUAAAAAAGAAAAAAAUUUAAAACGACACAGUAUCUUUUAAUGUUUAAGUGCACGAGGAAUCAGCGAUUUAUAAUAAUAAGCACUAAUUCAUGGUCACAGUCUAAGGAUCGUCGAUAGUUCGGCUUUGUUCGUGUUAAAGAAAAACAGACUAAAAGUAUCGUAAUAUAAGUGAAAAGAAAAGGAUAAAAAAUUAUAAAACUCUCAACAAGAUCAUUGAAACUUUUCUAAGGUUCUACGAGAGAAUAAGACCAAAGCGUGGCAACGGUCGCUGAAAAUUAUUAUUGCUGCCACGAAUAUACGAUAACGGUCAAAGUUUUCCUGUUCAACGUUUCGGCGCAACCCACCAAUCCCGUUAUAUUAUCCCCUCGACGGACGGUGCAUGCACACAUCCCUUAUUAUUUCCCUUCUCUCUCUCGCAUACUCUCGCUCCCCCCAUUUCUUCGUCUAUCCGUUUUCGCACUUCUGCAUUUGCCCAUUUCGCAACUUCUCCCGGGUAUUGCGAUGAAACGUAAAUACAUCCACAUACAUUCCCAUACGUAGAAAGAGAUACAUACGAGGGCUUUCGCGUCUCUCGUUUUAUGUGUUGUAAUACAUAAGCCCAUACGAGUCUAAUACCCAUGCUCCCCUGUGUGAUUCAUCCUGACGGAAAGUUGUUCUCGGCAUGCGAACCGCGCUAGUAAUUCUAAGCUUGGGGUUAGCAGUGUGCAAAUUGAAAUUAACCUAAUCGCGGCUGAAACCAAACCGCAAGCCGAGCGGACUCACUCGGCCUAGCAAAGUGGAUGAAACCGUGAAUACCAACGGGGGUGGCAUCGAUGUGGCAGAAUGUUGUUGUUCGGUGAACGCCGUUGCCGGGCGGAAGUGCAUGCGAAGUGCGCGAGGAAGAUAUGAAGAGAACACGCAUCAUUUGAAAAUCGAAGUGGACCCGCGAAAAGUCACGGAAAUGGCACUGCGAUGGCAAGCGAGGCUCUCCAUUGCUGCUAUACUAUUUAUGUGUACGGAAGAUACUAUGAGCAUGGGAGAGCGCAGUAUGGACACUGUGGAGCGACAUGCCAAUCAGGGUCGGGCACGUCAGCAAAUACUAGACUAUUCCUCGGGUGUAAAACCAAAAACAGAACCAACUUUUGACUUUAGUCAACCCACAAAUGUUACGGCCCUGAUUGGAAAAACAGCUUAUCUCACAUGUCGAGUACGCAAUCUCGGCGACAAAACUGUAUCCUGGAUAAGGUACAGAGACAUCCACAUCCUGACUGCCGGAGCUUAUACGUAUACGAGCGAUCAGCGCUAUCAGGCUCUGCACAGACAAAAUUCCGGACAGAAUAGCGAGUGGUCCGAGUGGACGUUGUGCAUUAAAUGGGCCCAGGAACGUGAUCAAGGGAUCUACGAGUGUCAGAUAUCGACAGUGCCUGUCAAGGCUCAUCAAUUUUACCUCAAUGUCGUUGUUCCCACGGCUACGAUACUAGGCGGUCCUGAACUCUACGUCGGUGCUGGAAGCACGAUAAAUCUCACGUGCGCGAUACACUUCAGUUCGGAGUCACCUGCCUACAUAUUUUGGUACUACAAUGAGAAGGUGCUGAGCUAUGACAGUCCUAGGGGAGGUGUUUCGGUCAUUACGGAAAAGGGAAGUGACGUCACGACCUCAUGGCUUCUCAUUCAGUCUGCACAGACUUCGGAUUCUGGAGUAUAUAGUUGCAAGCCCAGUAACGCGAACACCGCCUCUAUCAGGGUCCACGUUCUCAAUGGCGAACGACCGGAAGCAAUGCAAACCGGCACAGCGGGACCCAUUCUAUCCUCGAGUUGUCUAUUGGUGUCCCUCAUCAUUUUGUACAUAUCCUCGAUGUAAACUGUACAAGGGGAUGGUGAUCCGUCGUAUCGUGGUGCCUCCAGGAAUCCUAUGAGGGCAUCCUGACCUAUGAUAAUACCUGUAGGAAUAACCAAAACCAAUGACGGGAUCAUCGCCGCGAUUAUCCUUUAAGUCGAAGAUGCCAAUGCCGGUUAAAUGCGUUUUACUUCACCUUAUAAAAAAUUUAUCCAUGACCAUCGUCAUCUUGAAUCCAUGUCGUCGCCUUACACCGUCCCCGAUAUCGGGUCACUGCGGGAAUUAAAGAAACGGAUGGUAAUCCGGAUAAUCCUCCGAAGGAAUCGAUUUACGGAUAAUAGCGUAAAAAGGUACGAUUAUGUUACGAGAGUUUUACGAGAGCUUUCCUCCUGCGAAUCUCUCCCAUCCUCUAUCCUCACUAUCGUCUUCAUUCUAUCGCAUCUUCUUCGAGGAGAGUACAGGGGGAACGUCCAAGGGAGUCCUAUCCGAUUAUCGGCAGUCGAUCCCUCCACGACUUGUGUCGUGAAAGAGAAACCCCUAAAUUGUGCCCUUCCAGGAGUUACAGCCAUGAGACACACAGGCGGCUGUCUUUGGGAACAAGAUUCUUAGGUGACAGUGAGUACAAGCUCUGAAAAGGAUCGAUAAGGAAAACUUGAUUAGAAGUAAUUAAACAUAAUUAAGCUUAAUUGAUCCUAAUCCUCUUUCAUUUCCCACCACCCAAAUUACAAUCCUUGUUCCUCGUUCCCAUUAUAAUCGAAGCGGAUAUAGAGAGCGUCUCCAGCGCGCGACCUACACGUGUAACCCACGACGUUAAUUUGCAAUCUACACGUGUAACGCCUUUGACACUAGUUGCGUCAUUACAAACAGAAUAUACGUGACGUGGCGACCGACCACGUUAUGUCACGUAUCGGUUUAAUACUCCUCAAGUACUAUUUCAUCUAUAUACAGUGGGUAGUGUUCACAAGGUACUUGGAAAUUUUGAUGUAGAUAUAUAUAAAUGGGAGAGUCACUCACUCAUUCGUACAUUCAAAUGCACGGAAAUGUGUUAUAUCCGGCAUUGGUAUCGGCGGAUGCUAUCAAUUGUACAUACACUUGUAACAUAAAUUAUACCACCACCAAAGUACGGCCCUGCACCGACCAUCGUUCUCGGAUGCCGAUGCACGUCCGAUUAUUUAAGGGUGCUUUCCAAGACUCGAGCUUCAUGCAUCGUGCAGCUAUGGCCCCGUGUACAGAGCAUUGUACGGGUUUCGUGUUCUCUCUUACUAGACAGCCAGGAGCGUGUGAAUGCACUAUAUGAAACGGGAGCAAAAGGGGCACCUCACGAUUCAGGAAUAUUGCUAUGCACUCGACGAGCUGCACGUAAAAGCUCCUGCUACCUAGAAUACCAGGAUCGUCUUCUUUGGUACGAGCGAGGGGAUCGUGAACUCUUCCCUUUAGAAAAACAAGAAUAAAAAAUGAGAACACUGUAUAACAAGGAGGAAAAUAAAUAGAGGGAGAGUUACGCUUUACUGCUCGACUCGGGGAACGAAUUCCUUCGAACUUUUACGAAUAAAGCCUCGGUGAGAAUGUCUACCUUCUUUGCAAAAGCCACGAACGCUCAGGCGUGUUUGGUAUUUCUACGAGACUCUGUAAACGAGAGCCAUGUUGAAAGAAACUAAAGGAAAAGCUCCUUCCGAGCACAUCGAACCGAGAAACGAUGGAUUUGAAACGUCGAAGCGGGCUUGACUUUUACGGUAGAGAAAUCGUCAUGACAGGGCCGUAUCGGAGUGGCGUGAAUUCAAGAGCAGUGCCCGGAGCAAAAUCGUGUUGUACAAAUAUCUAACCACCUCUCGUCGUACCAUUCUAACAAGAGGGGAAUUUAUUCGCAGUGAAAAUGGCCUCCAGCAAAACAAAAAGGACUAGAUGUAUACUGGGUGAGCUACCUAAACUGUCGCCAAGAUAUAGUGCUGCCCUUAUGUAAGAUAGUGUACUAUUCUGUUCUUGACAAUUCUAAAGAAUUUACAGGAAUUAUCUGUCUCGUGUUUUGAUUAACACAAUUUGGCACCCGGGCACGUUGCUAAUUUUUGUGACGAACACAAAUUGACGAAUAAAGCGUUCGUUAAAAUUCACUUCAGUCAAACCUUUCGGUGUCCCUCUACGUCACGGCGAGUUCGGGUCGACGAUAUUUGUUCAAAGUGAAAAAGAAAACAAGAUAACAUUUAUGAAAGAGAAAUUGUUAAUAAAUAAAAAGAAACGUGCAAUGACUCGAGUUUCGCAGGUGUGAUUCUUAUGACUCGACUGUACUUGACUCUAGGCUAAACACGUCGAAAUGAAUAAUUGUAACCACGCAACGAGCGUUAUUCCCCAUUGUAUGAGCGCAGUCUUAAGUUAUAAAGGAAAGGAAGAAGCAAAACAAUGCCGAGGACACUCGAGAAGCUGUAGACCCUAAACGAUGCGAAACAAAGCAAAGCAUAACUCAUAUUGCAGUGAUAUUAUUAGAUCAUAGAUAGAUAUUGUACAUAUUAUGGCAUUACGAUGUUUACUAAAUAAAACAAGAAAAGAAAGAAGAGCGGGGGGAGAGAGAGAUGGCGAAUAUUAAAGGAAA